GCGUCGUCAGUGUUUAUAUCCCUGCGGUAGCUUAGCCGCGUGCACGUUGCUAGUUAGUUGCAAUGUUGUAGCUAUUAGCACGGCGUUCCUUUGCUGGGAGGGAGAGACCCUUCGUUUUCCUUCACUUAAUAACUUGAUCCUCAUUCUCUCACAGUCCAGCCGUUAACCGAUUGCUAGCCGACGUUAAUUAUAACACAAAACUCUAGCUAGCUCGUUGUCUUGGCUUGCUUUCCAGCUAGCAUAAGAUAACUGUCCAGGGAGCUAGCCGUUAGCGUUUUGGCUAGUUCGUUAACGUUACUUUCCUCUUGCUGAUUCACUGCAGUAAGAACUGACUCCUGCCUGGCUGGAAGAACAUCAUGGCUAUGAGACAAACACCUCUCACCUGCUCAGGUCACACCAGACCUGUAGUGGACCUCGCCUUCAGUGGAAUAACUCCCUAUGGCUAUUUCCUCAUCAGUGCCUGCAAGGAUGGCAAGCCUAUGUUGCGCCAAGGCGACACAGGGGACUGGAUAGGAACGUUUCUGGGUCACAAAGGUGCUGUCUGGGGAGCCACUCUGAAUACAGAUGCCACCAAGGCAGCCACUGCGGCUGCUGACUUCACAGCAAAGGUGUGGGAUGCAGUGAGUGGAGAUGAGGUCCUCACACUGGCACACAAACACAUAGUCAAGUCUGUCAGCUUCACUCAGGAUAGCAAUUGUCUGCUGACUGGGGGAAAUGACAAGGUGCUACGUAUCUAUGAUCUUAGUAAACCUGAAGCAGCACCACUGGAGAUCCCAGGCCACACCUCAGCCAUUAAGAAAGCCCUGUGGUGUAAUGGUGAUCAACAGAUCCUCUCUGCUGCUGAGGAUAAAACCAUACGAUUGUGGGACAGAACCUCCAUGGAGGCGGUGAAAACGCUGUCAUUUGACACGUCAGUGAGCAGCAUGGAGUAUGUGGCUGAUGGAGAGAUUCUUGUUAUCACAUAUGGAAAGACCAUUGCUUUCUACAAUGCCCUGAGCCUGGACCUGAUCAAGACUGUUGAGGCACCAGCCUCCAUCAACUCAGCAUCCCUCCACCCUGAAAAGGACUUCUUUGUGGCUGGUGGAGAUGACUUCAAGCUCUACAAAUAUGACUACAGCACCAAGGAGGAGUUGGAAUCGUACAAGGGCCACUUUGGGCCAGUGCACUGUGUUCGUUUCAGCCCAGAUGGGGAACUCUAUGCCAGCGGCUCUGAGGACGGUACACUUCGACUUUGGCAGACAGCAGUGGGGAAAACCUAUGGCCUAUGGAAGUGUGUCCUUCCUGAGGACCUGGGGGCAGAGAACUCUGAGCAGCUGUACACCACAGCCCCUGAGAUCAAGGCCUAAUGAGAGGAAACGUGACAAGACCUGAGGAGAUGAGCGGAGGGGUAUUCCAGUGUCUUUCUAUCAUGCCCCAGCAAGGAGCAGAGUUUAUUUCAGUGCAUCUUCAUUGAGAACUGAUGGGGAUGUUAUGAUAGGUGUGUCUGUCAUAGACAAAUACAUCAAAGCCACAUGCAUACACACAUUUACAUACAGACUGAGACAGCCAUAUGGGCAGUAUGAGCUACACACAUCCUCACACAGGCAGAUUUAGGCAGUCGUAGAUAGUUUGGGCUCCAGAGUAAAGCAGUAGACUGGUGAGCCCACCCAGCUCAUCGGUGCCUGUUUUCUCUGAUCCAGCUCAGCUCUGUCAACUCGCUCAAAUCUGUGGUUCCAAAUUGAGAUGCCAUAAUGGAUUGGACCAUGACUUUUAUUUUCAUUUUAUUGAUAUGAGAACGGUCAAAGUUGUUGCACAGGUUGUGCUAAAAUUAGAGCUGUUUCAUUUUUGAAAAUAUUGUUUUGAGUAUUGUCUACUGUUGUACUGUUUGAGUAUAUAUAGUAAGUCUCAAAAUAAAAGAAAAUAUUGUUUUGUGACAAAAAAGCAGAAAGGGAAGAAAUGUCACUGGAGUUUUUUUCCAUUUUGUUUUUUAUGUCUUCAUUUGUGUGUCCAGUGAUUAAAUAAACAAAUGCAUUUCUGUUUUAUUCAUAAGUAAUGCAAAAA